AUGGCGAUGGAGACGGAAUCCGCCGCGAAACCCCUCCUCGGCCCUCCCGUCAUCCGCGGGGUUCACCCAUCGAGCGAUCCAGCCGCCGCCGACGACGGGGCCCCCGCGUCGCACCCGUUCCUCGACCUGCUCGACGCCGCCUUCAACGCCCCGUCCGCCGCCGAGAUCAAGGCAUCGCUCAGGCCGCGGCUGGCCCUCACGGAGAACUGCUCCGCCACCUACGCCAACUCCGGCAACCCCUGCCUCGACUUCUUCUUCCAGGUCGUCCCCGACACGCCGCCCGAGCGCGUGCGCGAUCUCCUCGCCGCCGCCUGGGCCCACGACGCGCUCACCGCCCUCAAGCUCGCCUGCAACCUGCGCGGCGUGCGCGGCACCGGCAAGUCGGACAAGGAGGGCUUCUACGCCGCCGCGCUCUGGAUGCACACCAACCACCCCAAGACGCUCGCCUGCAACGUCGCCGCGCUCGCCGAGUUCGGCUACCUCAAGGACUUCCCCGAGCUGCUCUUCCGCCUCAUCCACGGCCCCGACGUGCGCAAGGACGCCAAGGAGCGCGCCGCCGCCGACAAGACGCGCAGGAAGGAGAAGGACCUGAGCAAGCAGAGGGAGGGCCUCCGCGCCAGAUUGGCCAGCCGCAAGCGCGCCCGCGAAUUGGCUCCGCCCAAGCCCACGUUCGGCGACUACCUGUCCGCUGCUCUCUCCUCCAAGACCGCCAAGAUCAAGGCCGAGGCGGCCACAGAGAUCGAGCCCGCCGCGGAGGCGGCUGAGAAGGAACCAGAGGCGAUGGAGGUGGAUCAGAAGAAGGCGCCCAAGCGCAAGAUGUCCAAGAAGGUCCGGAGGGUGGCCAAGCUCGCCGUGCAGUCGCUCGAGACGUACUACGGCGACCGCGCCUACCGCUUCCUGUUCGACUCUGUCGCGGAGUUCUUCGCCGACCUCCUGGCCUCCGAUCUCGAGCAGAUGGCCGCCGGCGGGAAGACAAGGAAGAUCGGGCUCGCCGCCAAGUGGUGCCCCACGCCAGGCUCGUCCUUCGACUGCACUACGCUCCUCUGCGAGGCCAUCGCCCGCCGCCUCUUCCCGCGCGACUCCAACCCCGAGUACGCCCAGCUCUCGGACGAGCACUACACCUACCAAGUCAUCCGCCGCCUCCGCCGCGAGGUGCUCGUGCCGCUCCGCAAGAUCCUCGAGCUCCCGGAGGUGUACAUGAGCGCCCAGCUAUGGUCCAAUCUUCCCUACACCCGCGUCGCCUCCGUGGCCAUGAGGCGCUACAAGUCCCUCUUCAAGAAGCACGACGAGGUGCGCUUCGCCAAGUACCUCGAGGACGUCGAGGCGGGCAAGGCCAAGAUCGCGGCGGGCGCGCUCCUGCCGCACGAGAUCGCCGCCGCUGCCUACCGCGGUGAGGACGACGACGUGUCCGAGCUGCAGUGGCGGCGCAUGGUGGACGACCUCAAAGCCAAGGGGUCGCUGCGCAACUGCAUCUCCGUCUGCGACGUGUCCGGGAGCAUGCAUGGCACUCCCAUGGAGGUGUGCGUCGCGCUGGGCGUGCUCACGUCGGAGCUCAGCGAGAAGCCAUGGGCCGGCAAGGUGAUCACCUUCAGUGCAACGCCCCAGAUCCACCGGAUCAAGGGAAAGACCCUCAAAGAGAAGAUGGCGUUUGUGCAGACCAUGCAGUGGGACACGAAUACCAACUUCCAGGCGGUGUUCGACCAAAUUCUCCGCACGGCGGUGGAAGCUCGGCUGGCGCCGGAGAAGAUGAUCAGGACUGUGUUCGUGUACAGCGACAUGGAGUUCGACGAGGCGUCAGGGAGGGGCGGGUAUUACAGCUACGGGGCACGAGCGGCAGCGGGGCCGUGGGAUACUGACUAUGAGGUCAUCUGCAAGAAGUUUAGGGCCGCCGGCUACGGCGACGUGGUGCCCCAGAUCGUCUUCUGGAACCUGCGCGACUCCAAGUCCACGCCGGUGACGUCGACCCAGCCAGGAGUGGCCAUGGUGAGCGGCUUCUCCAAGAACAUGCUCAAGAUCUUCCUGCAGAACGACGGCGUGGUGAACCCUGAGGCCAUCAUGAAGACGGCCAUCGCCGGCGAGGAGUACCAGAAGCUGGCCGUGUUCGAUUAG